GCAUCUUAGCGAAAGGAGCGAACAGUCUCCAUUGAUCAGAUCGAAAAUCAAUAAACAGUAUUUGGGAUUUGGGAGGUUUUACGCAGAAAGCAGAAAUGGAGAAGUACGAGAAGCUAGAGAAGGUUGGGGAAGGUACGUACGGGAAAGUCUACAAGGCGAUGGAGAAAAGCACAGGGAAGCUCGUGGCUCUGAAGAAAACCAGGCUCGAGAUCGACGAAGAAGGUAUCCCACCUACGGCGCUUCGUGAGAUUUCGCUUCUCCAGAUGUUAUCGGCGUCGCUCUACGUGGUUCGAUUACUCUGCGUCGAGCACGUUCUUAAAUCCCCAGCCAAAUCUCAAUCCCCCAAAUCGAAUCUCUAUCUCGUUUUCGAGUACCUUGAUACCGAUCUUAAGAAAUUCAUCGAUUCGCAUAGGAAAGGUCCUAACCCUAAGCCACUUGAACCUUCUCUGAUCCAAAAGCUCAUGUUUCAGCUCUGCAAAGGCGUCGCGCACUGUCACAGCCACGGUGUGCUUCACCGUGAUCUGAAACCACAAAAUCUUCUUCUGGUGAAAGAUAAAGAGCUUCUUAAAAUCGCCGAUCUGGGUCUCGGUCGUACUUUCACUGUGCCUCUCAAGGCCUACACGCACGAGAUUGUUACUCUCUGGUAUAGAGCUCCUGAAGUUCUCCUUGGCUCCACUCAUUAUUCAACUGCUGUUGACAUUUGGUCUGUUGGUUGCAUCUUCGCCGAGAUGGCCAGGAGGCAAGCUCUUUUCCCUGGUGAUUCUGAGUUUCAGCAAUUGCUUCAUAUCUUCAGACUGCUAGGAACACCAACUGAGCAGCAAUGGCCUGGUGUUUCCUCUCUGCGUGACUGGCAUGUCUACCCAAAGUGGGAGCCGCAAGACUUAACACGUGCUGUUCCAUCUCUUUCGCCUCAAGGAGUUGAUCUUCUCACGAAAAUGCUCAAGUACAAUCCAGCCGAAAGAAUUGCAGCAAAAACAGCACUUGAUCACCCGUAUUUUGAUAGCCUUGACAAGUCUCAGUUCUGAAAGCGAAGACGCAUGUUGAUUGCUGAAUCUGUUGUCAUCGUCUUGGUGAAUUUCAUUUCUGUUAUUUUCCGAUCCGACACAUCAGUGUCUCAUGUUUCGAUUAGAGAUUUGUAGUCUUGCAGAAGAAACUACUGAAGUUUGUUUUCUCAAGUGAAUGUAAACACUCAUUGGUGUGGUAGCAAUGAGAUGAUUUUUAAAGAUU